AUGAACCCGCUGAGAGAGCUAGCAAGGACAGACCGCGUCGAGCGUGAAAUCUACCGUCAAGCACUAUGCCGGAUGGUCAUCCCUCACAUUAAAGAAGUAUGGCCGUCUAGCAAGCGGGUGGCGCUGCAGCGCGACAAUGCUAAACCGCACGUUGCGGUGGAUGACCCCGAAGUGGCCGCCGCAUGUAGCCUUGAGGACUGGGACAUGAAGAUCAUCUCGCAACCUGCAAAUUCACCAGACUUUAAUGCCAACGACCUGGGAUUUUUCAAUUCACUGCAGUCGCUGCAGCACAAGAACGCACUUCUUACGCUUCAGUCUGUGCUGCAGGCGUCGAUGAGUGUUGACAGCUGCAACAAGUACGCAAUUCCACACCUGUCCAAGGACAAGCUGCGAGUAGACACUGGUCUUUUCCUGCCGUCACUAGCCUGUGGCGGGGAGGUGCACAACAAAUCAAAGCCGUUCUUAAGUUCGGUGAAGUAG